AUGACAGACCCAAAAAUUCCUAUCUAUUCAACCAACGAACUAAAAUCGACAAGUGACGAUGCUCUUCUUCCAUAUCUGACCAACCUCCCUGCUCCAUACACCUUUUCUGCCGAUAACACCAAAAGCAACAUCCGGUUCCUACUUGGGUACAGUGCUGUCGCAAUCGCAGCAGGCACAUUUUAUGCGGACCGCAAACUCGGCUGGGAGGCGACGACAUCGCCAUGGAUCAUUAUCGCCGUGGUCACUUAUUUUGCCUUGAACAGUGUCCUGACAUUCUGGAUUUGGGCUGUGGAGGCCGGGGAGGUCUUCAACGGAAAACGCAAGUCCGGGGAAACUAUAUCCAUCUCCACGUCUGCAAAGAAGCACUCUGUUCUGUACAAAGUACACGUUGUAUACAAAUCGCCUACGGGAAAGGUCCUGCAGGAAAAGAAGCUCGAAGCACCUUUCACUAAAUGGUUCUCUGCCGACGGUGUCUUCCACCCAGAGCCGUAUCGCAAAUGGCUGGCAAGUGAGGUCGACGUGCUCCGUCUGGCAGCAAAGGAGAAUGAGAAAAGAAUUGGUGGUGCUUCCGCAGUUGUUGGAAACUAA